AUCUGACGGAAAGAAAAUCAAAUUGAUCAACUAUUUAAAACUUACAAAAGUUCAAAACGAAGUUUUUACUUCGAUGAUGAAUGAAAUAAAUUGAAAAAUGACGGUAUUUCAACAAAAUGUGAUGUGGUGCUCAUAUUUACUUGAUGUCGGUGAAAGUAAAAUAUUUGUAUCGUUUCUUUACUUGCUGGUAGGAUAGUGUGUGAACGAAAUACUUCGAAAAAAAAUAUGGAAGGGAAUGAAGAGGAGGCAAAAAACCUGGAAAUAUGCUCGUACAGGUAUCUUCAACAGGUUGCGAAGUCUAUGGGUCUGCCUUCCAACGUAAAGAGAGUAUGGCUGAUCAAACUGAUCAACGCCAAGAAGUAUGGUACCCAGCAGGCUGUGGAAGAGUUAGUGAGGCAAGUGCGUCAGGAACGCCAGCAGCUCUCACAGGCCCGCAAGAAGACUAAUAAGAGUCGCAAGAAGACAAAUGUACAGCAGAGCACAGAGAUCUCGUCAACAGGCAACAGUUUAUCUCCUCCGAUAACAACAACACCAACUCACAGACGUCAUGUGAUUAUACGAUACAGUCCUGAAAGGCAUUCCCCUAAGAAAUACCCGGAGAACAUCUCAACAAGGAGAUAUAAUCUCAACAGCAGUGACAGAGUUCUUCGUAGCUGCAACAGAGUGAAGAAACCAAGUUAUUUACUUAAUAACACUCUAUAUAAUCUGUUAAAUGGUUCCGACACUGAAGAUGGUGAGGUGUACAACACGGUUAAUGUGGAGAAAACUAAGGAGGAUCAUGUAUAUUCUAAAAAGAGCGAUGGUUGGAAGAACCCGCAUGUUCCAUUAACAAGAAAUGUGCACACAUCCCCACCACCACGUAGCGGGGUACAGCGUAGAAUAAGUGGCAUCUACCCUCUCCACACUGAAGAGGUCAGAGUACCUAGUGUGGCUAUCAGAAGGCCAGACGGCACAAUUACCAAACUUAGAGCUAUCAUACAAAAACCUACGCCACAACGCAAGUACGGCAAUGACAGAAAAACGUACAAUACAAACAGCUCAUUACUGAGGACAAGUGACUGGUCAUAUACUGUUACAACCACACCUCAAUUUACACACAGUUCCACUUACCGGUCAUCAAAUAUGAGAGAAUCGACUCCAAACAUAAAUUACAGGCAGUCAAACUUCGAAGCAGAGACUCGCAAUGACAAACAAUCUUACAAUACAAGCUCCUUACUGAGAACAGAAGCUACUGACCGGUCAUAUACUGUUACAACCAAACCUCAAAUGACAUACAAUUCAGACUAUCCAUCAUCAAAUAUGAGGGAAUCAACUUCAAACUUAAAUUACAGGCAGUCAAAUCUCGAAGCAGAGACUCGCAAUAACAAACAAUCUUGCAAUAUAAGCUCAUUACUGAGAACAGAACCAAGUGACUGGUCAUAUACUGUUUCAACUACACCUCAAUUUACAUGCAGUUCACCUUACCCGUCCUCAAAUAUGAGAGAAUCAACUCCAAACAUAAAUUACAGGCAGUCAAAUCUCGAAGCAGAGACUCGCAAUGACAAACAAUCUUACAAUACAACCCCAUUACUAAGAACAGAAGCGGCUGACUGGUCAUACACCGUUACAACCAAACCUCAAGUGACAUACAACACAGCUUAUCCAUCAUCAAAUAAGAAAGAAACUACUCCCAACCUACAUUACAAGAUGUCAAAUCUCUCAGAGACUCGCAAUGACAGACAAACUUACAAUACAACUAGCUCAUUACUGAGAACAGAAGCAAAUGAGUGGUCUGUUAUAAGCAAACCUCAAAUGACAUACAGUAAAGCUUAUCCAUCAUCAAAUAAGACAUACCAGCCAUCAAAUCUCGCAUCAGAGUCUCAAAAUUUAAAUAACAGACCGUCAAGCUACACAACAGCCCCAAAUUACAGCUUCAGAUCGAGUAACACAUCAGAAAUAGCACACAGUAUGUGUAACGUUACUUCUAACAUGGCCCAAAUGACACCGAGUAUAAAUUACAGAACACCGGACUCGAUGGUCAACACACCGGAGAAUAAUUCUAAUUCGAGUAAUAGUUCCAGCUCGAAUUCCAGUAAGAGUAAUAGUUCUGAAGAAACAGACAUUUCAAAUGGUUACAAGGACGAAUCCGAUGAAUAUUCGGAGUAUUGUCAUAAGAAGAUCCGGCGUAGAAAAGUCAGAUCUUCUCGAAAGAAGGAGAUGGUCAAAAGUGGUGAAAAUGAAGGCCGUUUACCGAAGAUUGAUGAAGCUUUCACCAAAUUCAAUAAUGUUUAUUCUAGAGAUGUUUCGCAGCCGUUGUAUGUACAUGUUGAAGUGCCUGAACCCGAGAUAGCCCCAAACACAUACAUCCCGGAGCCAACAUCGUACCAGGGCAGCAGUACUCUAGAGAAGUUUUACAAUAUAAAGACGGCUACAGCCCCUUUACUGCAGAUCUAUACUCCGAGCAAAACUACUACAGUUUACUCCACCCCUAUUAUAACUACCGCCCAGGCGACGUCCUCGAACCCGAUGCACCUAUAUAACGACGCUUUAGUGCCGCGUGACAAUCAACAGUACUAUAAUAUGACCGGGGAAGCUUCGCCACGCGAUUUCUUCGGAGACUUUGGGAAUGUGCAGGGGCGAAACUCAUCGGAAGAUUUUGGACGUUCUUCGGUGGAAACUAUAGCAGAUCAGGAUCAGGAGUUAGGAGCCAAUGUCACCAUCCCGGAGAUGGUGGAAGAUGCACUGGAACUUAUCAGUCAAGAUGGGGACUAUAUGGAACGCAUGGGAAUGGAUAUCAGGAUGCAGUGCAUUCUAUGCAAUUGGGCUGGACCUAAAAUCCUUUUCGAGUAUCAUAUUAGAAAGGAGCAUGCAUCAGACAUUAUCGAGUGUUCGGGCAAGGAGUGGCUGGCGACGUACUCGCUGGGCGGCCUGCGCGCGCGCGGCUGGUCGCACCGCGUGCUGGCGGCGGAUGGGGAACUGUAUGUGCUCAGUGCUAAGUACCAGCAGCCCGAGUGCUUUAUGGCCGCGCUGUCGACAUUAUCAGAGGACGACCCACGAAAAAGGGCCAGUCUCACAGUCUACAACAAGUUAACCGGCGAACCUUUCACCUGGCUCGGCGACGUUCCCGAGAUAGACGCUGACAUGGACGUACCGACAGGCCUGCGGGUAUCUCUGCCCAAGGUCGACUUACUGCCCAACAGUGCUAACUUACAGCUGCUAGACAGACAACUCGUUAUGCGAUCACCUAGUAACGCCAUUGUGGGACAACCAGACUUGGAUAAUAUACAUAUUAAUCUGGUUGUUAAGAUUUAUGACUAAAAAACGUUAUAAAACUUAAGUUAUAAGUGCUGAAAAAGUAUCACAAAAUAUAUGCAAUUUUCUUUGUUAGUUAUAAGCAGAAAUAUUUACAAAAUGACACAGAAAUUACUAACAGGCCUGCGGGUAUAUGGAUAAUGUUCAUAUUAGUCUGGCUGUUAAGAUUUAUGACUAAAUUGCUGAAAGGAAACUUUAGUUAUAAGUGCUGUUUUUUUUUUUAAUAAUUUCAUAUAAAGAAGAACACUUUCUUUGCUAGUUAUAACAAUCUGGUUGUCAAGAUUUACACGAACGAAUGUAACUUUAGUUGUGAGUGAUUUUUUUUUUUUUCAAAAAUAUAUAUUUUUAUAUACAGUUUUCUUUGCUAGUUAUAAGUAAAAAUAUUUACAACAUAUUGUGUUAUUGUCAAGGACUUGUUGCCUAAUCUUCUACAGGCUUAUUAUAUGUAUAAUCUUGUAGACAGACAACUAGUCAUCAGAUCUCUUAGUAUAGUCAUCGUGGGACAACCCGAUCUGUAAAAAAUAAAAAAUCGGGUUAGACUUACACUAGACCUUUAAGCCGGGUCUACGCUAAACGAACCGAGCACGAGCGAAGCACAAGCGGAGCCGUUCUCGGCUUGUCGUUCGCGGCGUCAAGUGUGGACGUACAACGAACCUACAACGAUCACUGUUAGCAAAUCGCUUUGUGUUCGUCAAAAACUGACAACAGGCGGAACGCAGCCGAGCACGAACGAAAUGCUCUUGCGCGCUCGUUAGAGGCUUGUAAGUUGGUCCACACUAGACGAAUUGUGCUCGUGCUCUGCUCGUGCUCUGCUCGUGCUCGAUUCGUCUAGCGUAGACACAGCUUAAUGUUAAAUCAUUGUCUAGUAACCAAAACAAAAGAUAGAAUUUUGGGACCGCACGUUAGACGAGCUAGAUCAUUGUUUAUCCUAGACUUGUUAAUUUAAUAUUACCUAGAUAUUAUUUUUUCUCACUUUAUAGUUCCUGAAAUUAUGUGCCAUACAUAUACGCCACAAACUACACUCGCGAGCAAAAAAAUGGAAUCACCUCCUAGCGGUACACAAUUAAAAAUUGAACAUUUCAAACAAAAUCAAGCAUAGGUUAUUGUGUCAGUAUUUUGUAUUUCCUCCUCUAGGCCUUAUUACUGCUUUUUACGGUUUCUCAUGGACCUGAUGAGUUUUUAACUGUAUCUUGCGGUAUUCCCUUUUAGCCCUCUACCAGCGUCACUUUCAGCUCAAAUGAUUUUUUUGUUUCUACCCUUAAUUUAAAGCUAAAAGUAUCGGCUUUCAAACGAGACCAUAAACAUUUAACUGUAAAUAUUGUAUCAUUGGCAAUCGUUUUAUUUGUAUAGCGCAAGGGGGUGAUUCCAUUUUUUUGCUCGCGAGUGUAUUAGUUUUAAGAACUUA